AGUGGGCCCCACAAUGGAAACCCCGACAAUUAAAAUUGGGCCAAUGGCUUCUCCAAUUGACGACGCACCGACGAAAUCCAGCAAACGAAGCAAAAGAAUUUCGCAUUUCGUCUUUUUCCCAACAAAACGAGAAGAGGAGGCUCCGAUUAGCGAUUGAAGGUUGAAAGGGUUUUCAUCAAUGGACGAGGUGAUCACGGCCGGUGAUGCGUUGUCUAGCUUCCGAUCAUAUUCAUCAGACCCGUCCGUUGUACCUUCGAACCUUCCUCUUCUCACUGCUUUCCUCUCCUGCGCUAUCGCUCAGUUUCUCAAGCUCUUCACCACUUGGUUUAAGGAGAAGAGGUGGGAUUCUAGAAGGAUACUUAGCUCAGGUGGAAUGCCAUCAUCACAUUCAGCAACGGUAACAGCACUUGCGGCGGCUAUUGGAUUACAAGAAGGAACUGGAGGAUCAGGGUUUGCCAUCGCAGUGGUUUUGGCAUGUGUUGUGAUGUAUGAUGCUUCUGGUGUUAGACUUCAUGCUGGUCGUCAAGCUGAAUUAUUGAACCAAAUUGUGUGUGAGCUGCCUCCUGAGCACCCUGUCUCUAGUAUUAGACCUCUGCGAGAUUCACUUGGUCACACUCCAAUUCAGGUUGUUGCGGGUGCUUUGCUGGGACUCGUAGUAGCAUACCUUAUGAAAAGCUCUAGUUAGGAGAUGGUGUUGCUGAUGGAUGGAUACUUUCUGGCAAACGAAACAUUUAUGGAGCUUUUAAGCUGGUUUGGUUGUGGUGGGAUGAUGAUUGAUGUUCAUGAAAGAAUAUUAAAGCCAGAGAAAACUGGCAAUUGUGGUUCUAAUAACUUAAUGCUUGUGUAGUCAUUGGGAGUCUUGAUUAUAAGUCUAAUGCUUUACCUGAACGAUAGCCAGAUUUUCUGUGUAAUUUAGUUGUCAAGCUUGAUAGAAUGUUUUAUAGGUAACACUUAUUUCAUCAUCUGCAAUGCCUGACAUUUGAAUGUAGCAAAAACCUGAAAGUUCCGCAUGG